CGAUGUCAUUUCUGAAGAUCGUUCAGUUUACGAUUAUUCGUUCAACAUGAAGCAGCAGUGGAGCAUUAGUGAAAAUAAUAUAGAACUUUUGGAAGAAGGAUUGUAUCAGGGGAAACAAAAAUGUAUAAAGAAGAUUAUAUUUAAAACCAACUGUUGCACGCGAUUCAUACUUUAUCUCAAACUGAUAUUGUUAUUAGAAGUGAUAUUAUUCUUUGGAUGGGGUUGUUACAUGAUCUCACAGACUUAUCUUCUCAAAGUAAUGGAAAAUGAGCCUACUUGUAUCACUCUGGAGAAAUAUCCACCAGUAAUUGAAUCACUGUCUGAAAUACAGGAGUCACGUCCAAUUGCAGAAAUGCCAGCAAUAUUUGUUAAGUCUGAGAUUAUAGAUAAGAUAAAUAAUCUUUUAGAAGGCACAGAAUUUAUGAAAGACCAAAAUUUAAUGCAAAACGAGGCAAUUGUAACCGAUGCAACUAGUAUGGUGCAAACAAAUUUUCAAAAUUCUGAUAACGUACAACGUGACAAUAUAGUAGAAAUAUAUAAUAUAAAUAGAUUAUUAGAGACACUAUUGUCGGGAAGUUUAGUACACAAUGAAAAGUUUAUGAAGAACUCGGUACCAGAAAAAUUUUCUUCGAUUGAAUUCGCUGAUGAAGACAUUAGUACUUACAAAAAAAACAACUUUCUCCAUUAUGUACAAUUUCUUCAGAAACUGCGAGAUACAAGUAAAAUAAAAGUAGUUAAUGAUUUAGAAAAAUUCAAAAGCAUAAAUGAUUUCACUAAAGAUGCUGAUUAUUUGAUAUUAAAAAGUCAAGAAAAUCGUGCAUUAGAUGCACCGAACAAUCCCGAAAGUUCAGAAUUUAAUGUUGCACUGACCUCAAAUCUUGAAAACUCUGCUGAUAAUGCAAUCGGAUAUACAGAUUUAACUUUGCAAGGUCUGAAAUUUUUCGAUUUAAUCAAAGAUGCGGUACAAGAUAAUAGUAAUGAGGACAGUACUUUAUCUGAUGAGACCAAUGAACAAGCAAAACGUUUCGAACCUACAGAUUUAGAUUUUGUUAUGUAUCCAUUUUACGAAUUUUUUUACGAGUCUUCUGAUACACCAAUAAAAGACUCAAUCGAAGAUUCUUUUACUUUUCAGCCUAUAUUAGAAGAAGAAAUUUCGAAACAAGUCAAAAAUAGGUCAAGUGACGAUGUUGAUAAAAGAAAUGAAGAUAUACAUGACACAAAUGAUAGCGAUAUGUUGAUGUCAGCGUCUGUGUUCGAAAACCAAGAUUAUUUGGAUACGUCGGUGAUUACCAUGCAAAGUACAGGAGAGCAACAUUCGUCAGAGGAAAAGAUAAUAGAAAACGAGAUAUAUGAUGAAUCAAUGCAACCAACAAUGCAAGAUGGUGAAUUCUCGACAUCAAAUGUUGAUAAAUUUCAGUGGUUUAAUGUGCCCCCUCGUUUUGCAGAUCUUGAAUGGAAAGAUAUAUCAAAAUCAGAUGAGGUAAGUUCAUUAUUCUGGGAUACGUAUAAGGAAGAUGUCGACGACGUUAUUCCAGAAAGUCAGUGCGAGGUAACAAUUAAAAUGGGUAUUCUCAAGGUGAAAUGUCCCACUAUUAAGUUUGAUGAAGAAUGGAAUUUUACUUCUUCCGAAAUACCUCCAACUGAUAUUCCGAAAGUCACUGAUUUUGGAGAUAUUUUUGAUACUUUUUUACAUACCCAAUGUGACGAAGAUGCAAAUGAGCAAUUAAAGAUUGAAAAUAUUUCUAAUGAAAAUUUUAAUGAGCAAGAUACAACGUUGCAGGAUAGGAGAUCUAAAAUAAUCGAUUUAAUUGAAUUACAAGAGAGCACUACAAGUGCAAAUGACGCGUCGAUGAAUUUAUUUGAUGUGGCAUUUAUAGAUCCUUCUGACAGAGGAAAUAGCGAUGAAAAUUUUGCAUUUUACAAUUUCCCAUUUUACGAUUCAAAUGAAGAAGAAGCAAAAUACAUCACAAGAGUAUCUUCCUCUAUUUCUAAAUUCAGUUCCAAUACCGUCGAUUCAAACAAGGAACGAAAUAUAUUUUUUGAUAUUUCUGACACACAUCAACAAGAACAAUUGAAAAUCAAUAAAGAGCAAGAUUAUUCAGUUUCUGAUAAUAGUGAAACUUUUUUGGAAAUUUUGGAACAUUUUUAUAAUUUGGAAAAGAAUCUAACUUCUCUAUUUAAAAAUGAAAUAUCAAAUAUUAUGGCGCGAUAUUUAUCAAAAAGUUCUUAUGAGAAUAAUUACCGGAAUGAUAUUUGUAGUAUUAUUCGUUAUAUGCGUUCCAUAUCUCAACAUUCAUGGUAUGAUCAAUAUGUUUUAAGGAAAUUCUUGGAACAUUUACAAAAUCCCGACUAUCCACACAUUACGGAAGAUUAUUAUCAUCGAAAGAAACGAAUGACUGAUGAUUUAGCAUGGCAAGAAGAUGAGAUAUCAAAUACGUUAGAAGAAGACUAUAAUGAUGUAGACUUAUUAGAAAAAUUGAAAAAAGUUUUCCAGAAAAUGGAAAUUCUUGCUCUCUGCAUUGAUAGACUUCAUGAACGAUAUCUUCUUCACAAUAAACUUGAUGACGAUUACGUUUCGAAUGAAUUUCCGAUGGAAAUGACUGAAGAAUAUCGCGAAUCGUACACUUCGAGAAUUGUAGACGAAAAGUAAACUGAUAAAAUGUACAAGUUUCUCCUAUUUUUUGGUAUGA